CCUUUUGAAAAUUAAUUUUCGACUGACAAAAUGUACACGAUUUCAUGAUGCUCGAGUAUAAAAGCCCUCUUUUGAAGAUCAAAUCCCUCUGAACAUCUAAAAACAAAAACCCUAGCGGCCAAGCAGAGUCUAUCUCCAACCAUGGCGGAUGUCGAUACUGAGGUGGCGGUUGCAGGACAGCCAAAGAAGAGAACGUUUAAGAAGUUCUCCUUCAGAGGAGUGGAUUUGGACGCUCUUCUCGACAUGUCCACUGACGAGCUUGUCAAGCUCUUCACCGCACGUGCUCGCAGAAGGUUUCAGAGGGGUUUGAAGAGGAAGCCCAUGGCUUUGAUUAAGAAGCUUCGCAAGGCGAAAAGGGAGGCUCCUCCUGGUGAGAAGCCAGAGCCAGUUCGCACUCAUCUCCGGAACAUGAUCAUUGUUCCAGAAAUGAUUGGAAGCAUUAUUGGUGUUUACAAUGGUAAGACCUUCAAUCAGGUUGAAAUCAAGCCAGAAAUGAUUGGUCAUUAUCUUGCAGAAUUUUCAAUUUCAUACAAGCCCGUGAAGCAUGGUAGGCCUGGUAUUGGUGCUACCCAUUCAUCCAGGUUCAUUCCUCUUAAGUGAGAUAUAUGCCAGUUACCUGGAUACUUUAUUUUUAUCUUGAAAGACAUCUGUGUCUAUCAAAUUUUUGUUUGUUCCUACUCAACUUCUGGACAAUGUAUUAAUGUUUUGAGUUGUUACUUUAGAUGAUGGAACUUCAUAUUCUAGCUUAAAGAGCACUUUUAAGUACCA